CACACGUACUUGGCCUUGCAUCGCCAUCCAUUCUUCAUCGCCCAUUCUCUCUCGCGUCCCCUCACUCGAACAAAUAUGGCCUCCCAGAACCAGGCGCUUCUUCAGACUAUCGCCAAGGCCGCGGACCAGUACCCUAAGCCGCCCGUAACUUUCGGGUAUGGCACCGCGGGGUUCCGCACCCUUGGCGAGCGCCUCCCCUCGGUCAUCUUCCGCGUCGGUAUGCUUGCCGUACUCCGCUCGCAGCGGCUCAACGGCGCGACGAUCGGUGUCAUGGUCACCGCGUCUCACAACCCAGAGCCUGAUAACGGUGUCAAGCUUGUCGACCCAGCUGGCGAGAUGCUUGAGCAGUCGUGGGAGGCACACGCCACCGCUCUGGCUAACUGCGAAACGACGGAAAGCCUGAUCGGGACUUACGAGGCGCUUGCCGCGCAGCUGCGUGUCGACAUCAACAGCCCCGCCUCUGUCGUAUACGCGUACGACACCCGCCCCUCGGGACCCGCCCUGAUCCAAGCACUUGAGGCUGGUCUUGGAGCCUUUGGUGGCAGGGUCAAGACUGUCAACCUUGGCAUCACCACCACUCCAGUUCUCCACUACGUGGUCAAGGCCACAAAUGAUAAGUCGGGCACGUACGGCGCUCCUACCAUCAAGGGGUACUAUGAGAAGCUGGCGACGGCGCUCAAGACCCUUGUUGGUAACCGCGCGCCUCUAGCACCGCUGUACGUCGACUGCGCCAACGGCGUUGGUGCUGUUGCGCUGGAGGAGUUCGGCAAGUGUGUUGAAGACAUCAUCACUUUCAAGCCUCUCAACACGGACACCAAGACUAAGGGAGCGCUCAACUCGCAGUGCGGUGCCGACUUCGUCAAGACCAGGCAGCAGCUUCCGCCGUCAGUCGCCGAGGCGGGGGUACUCGCCAAGCCGGAGACGCGCGGCGCGUCCUUCGACGGCGAUGCUGAUCGCAUCGUUUAUUACUAUCUUCGCGACGGCAAGAAUUUCCGCCUUUUGGACGGCGACAAGAUCGCCGUGCUUGCGGCUCUCUUUAUCGAGGAUUUGGUUAAGCGGGCCAAAUUGCAGGCCAAGAUCAAGGUUGGAGUUGUCCAGACUGCGUAUGCCAAUGGGUCGUCGACCAAGUUCAUCAAAGAGCGCAACAUUCCCGUCACCUGCACUGCUACUGGCGUUAAGCAUCUCCACCACGCGGCGCUCAAGUACGACGUCGGUGUCUACUUUGAGGCAAACGGGCACGGAACCGUGCUCUUCUCGUCCGGCGCGCUCGAGACGCUGCACAAGACUCAGCCCAACUCCCCAGAGGAGGAUAAGGCGAUCAAGAACCUCCUUGCGCUCUCAGAGCUCAUCAACCAGGCUGUCGGCGAUGCGCUCUCGGACCUUCUCCUCGUUGAGGUAGUGCUCGCCCACCGCGCGUGGGGUGCUGCUGAGUGGGAUGCGGGCUAUGAGGACCUUCCCAACCGUCUCGUGAAGGUGGAGGUGCCCGACCGCACCAUUUUCCUUACGACGGACGCUGAGCGCAAGCUUACCUCGCCUGUUGGGUUGCAGAAGCUCAUCGACGAGGCUGUCGCCAAGGUUGACCAGGGUCGCUCGUUUGUGCGCCCCUCGGGAACCGAAGACUGCGUGCGCGUGUACGCCGAGGCCGCGACGACCGCCAGCACUGAGCAGCUGGCCGCUGUCGUCACGGACCUCGUCAAGCAGGCGGCGGCGGCCAUCGCGACGGCGUAGAGACACUUUAGCAGAUUUAGCAUGCACUAUAGAGUAUAAGAGUGAUAUAGCUGUGACCGUCAGGUCAAAGUCUGGGCCGCCAUGCAUUGUGAGCGCCGUCUGUGCGCGCUCUUUUGCUCCAGCA